AAGUAAGUCCCAGAAGCAGUCUAUAAGCCUCAUUCAGCCCUACAAUUCCGCAUUCGUUCCUCACGAGCUUCAACGGUUCCUAGUUCCGAAGCUAUACUUUCGCUAAACAUCAAAAUGAAGUGCUCUACUAUCAUCGCCGCCUCCUCCUUGGCCCUCGUGUCAGCAGGCAACUGCAGCCUCCCCCAAAUCAACCUGGGCCACUUCGCCUUCCCUCAUACCAACAUGUUUGUCGCCUGGUCGCCCUACACACCGACCACAAUUCAAGAGCUUGAUGAUGUCUGCGUCAAGGCGGGCGCCAUCAAGGGCACGGCCACGUGGACCGCGGUCCGCACCGCGAGCACUUACACGUCGGGACCCAUCUGCGGCAACCCUUUCAACAUCACGAGCGAUGAGACGGGCGUCACGUACCGCAACCUCGAACUAGCUUGCAGCGACGACAACAGUGAAGGACUGGCCACGCAAGUCACUGCUAUUGUGGACGCGACGUCCCAGACUACUGUCCAGACCUGCACGCCUGUGCUGGUGGAUGGUAAGCAGUUCCGCUUGGGGGAUGGAUGCUCCAACUAUCGCGGCAGCUCUCUGUCUUUCGACUUUGCUUGUUCUUCAUAAAGCUGAAGACAGUGGCUUUUGGGUCAGCUGCUGGGUUUCAGGUAUAACUAUGCGCAUUAUUGGGACAAUCAUGAGAAAUUAGAAAAGUUGGGCUCAACCUGUUAGAUAUAAGCCCCAGCUUGGCAUGGGGUUUCCUCUUUUUUCAUACCAACAUAGACCUCGAGCCAGAAGAGCCAAUCAAGCCUAUAUCAGAG